AUGGCCAAUUGGAGAACUUUAAAUCGAAUGAGAACAGGAGUCGGUCUCACUAAGGACAACAAGAAGAAAUGGGGACUACUUGAAGGAACAUCUACAACUUGUGAAUGUGGGAUGGAACAGUCAAUGAAACAUAUUCUGCAAUGUCCAAUCUGUCCUUACUCAUGCACACAAGAUGAUGUUAUGAAUGCAAACGACAACGCCAUAGACGUAGUUUGGCUGAAACCAUAUGAACCAGAAUACGACAACCUUUUACCAUUUAUGUGA